AUGAGAACUGCACAGACCCUCUCCGGAAUCGUAGCUCGCCGCUUCUUCAACACAUCCACUAGAAUCAUGGCUAGCGGAAAAACAUUGACCGUUUCGAACAUCAAUCCAAAUGUUAUCAAAAUGGAGUACGCUGUUCGCGGUCCCAUUGUUAUCAGAGCUGUCGAACUGGAAAAGGAACUAGCUGCAGGAGUUCAGAAGCCAUUUACAAAUGUGAUCAAGGCUAACAUUGGAGAUGCUCAUGCUAUGGGACAGAAACCAAUCACUUUCAUCCGUCAGCUUCUAGCCUGCAUCGCCAAUCCAUCGCUGAUGGAAACUGAUAAAUCUCUGCCAUCUGAUGUUAUUGAACACGCCAAAGCUUUCCUUGGUAGCUGUGGAGGAAAAUCUGCUGGAGCAUACAGUCAGAGUACAGGAGUCGAGAUCGUCCGUAAGCACGUUGCAGAAUAUAUUAGUAGACGUGACAAUGGAGUUCCCAGUAACUCCGAGGAUAUUUGUCUAUCUGGAGGAGCUUCUGAAUCCAUCCGUAAUGUCCUCAAACUUUUCAUCAACAAGGGUAGCGGCAAGAAGGUUGGAGUCAUGAUUCCAAUUCCACAAUAUCCACUUUACUCUGCUACUAUCGAAGAAUUCGGUCUCGGACAGGUCGGCUACUAUCUCAGUGAAUCUUCCAACUGGUCUCUGGAUGAGGCAGAGCUGGAGAGAUCCUUCGAAGAGCACAGCAAAGAAUACGAUAUUCGCGUUCUUUGUGUAAUCAAUCCAGGAAACCCAACUGGACAAGUCCUCUCCCGCGAUAACAUCGAAACAAUCAUCAAGUUCGCCCAGAAGAAGAAGCUCUUCAUUCUUGCCGACGAAGUCUACCAAGACAAUGUUUAUGCACAAGGAUCGCAAUUCCAUUCUUUCAAAAAAGUUCUAGUUGAAAUGGGAGAACCAUACAACAAGCUCGAAUUGGCAUCUUUCCACUCUGUGUCGAAAGGAUACAUGGGCGAGUGUGGAAUGCGUGGAGGAUAUGUUGAAUUCCUCAAUUUGGACCCAGAAGUCUACGUUCUCUUCAAAAAGAUGAUCUCUGCCAAGUUGUGCUCCACCGUUCUUGGACAAGCUGUUAUCGAUGCCGUCGUCAAUCCACCAAAAGAAGGAGAACCAUCCUAUGCAUUGUGGAAGAAGGAGAAGGAUGAUGUUCUGGCUUCACUCAAAGAACGUGCCACAUUAGUCGAGAAGGCGUACAGCAGCAUUGAUGGAAUCAGCUGUAAUCCAGUGCAAGGAGCCAUGUACGCAUUCCCUCAGAUCACAAUUCCACAGAAAGCUGUCGAGAAGGCCCAGUCUUUGAACCAGCAACCAGACUUCUUCUACGCAUUGGAACUUCUUGAAUCAACAGGAAUCUGUAUCGUUCCAGGAAGUGGAUUUGGACAAAAGGACGGCACUUACCACUUCAGAACUACGAUUCUUCCACAGCCAGAACUCUUCAAGGACAUGCUCGCUCGUUUCACCGACUUCCAUACCAAAUUUCUUGCCAAGUAUAAGUAG